AUGAUGAAAUCUUGCAAUAUUGUGGCCUUGGUAGGCUUGGUUCUUUUGUUCAUGAUCCAUUUGGCAAAUGCUGCUGAGAAUCAAGGGUUAGGAGCUUCUUUCAUCUUUGGUGAUUCUCUAGUUGAUUCUGGAAACAACAACUAUUUACCAACGUUGUCCAAGGCAAAUAUUGUUCCUAAUGGGAUUGAUUUUAAAGCAUCUGGAGGAAAACCCACCGGGAGGUAUACCAAUGGCAGAACCAUUGGUGACAUAGUUGGUGAAGAAUUAGGGCAACCAAAUUAUGCACUCCCAUACUUGUCACCAAAUACUACAGGGAAAUCAAUCUUGUAUGGGGUGAAUUAUGCAUCAGGAGGAGCAGGGAUUUUGAACUCAACAGGGAGAAUAUUUGUUAAUAGGGUGGGAAUGGAUAUCCAAGUUGAUUUUUACAACCAGACAAGGAAGCAGAUUGAUAAGGUGUUGGGCCCAUCGAAGGCAAAAGAGUACAUAAUGAAAAGAUCCAUAUUUUCAAUCACAAUUGGAUCCAAUGACUUCUUGAACAAUUAUCUGCUUCCAGUCCUCUCCAUUGGAGCAAGAAUUUCUGAGACCCCAGAUGCGUUUAUUGAUGAUCUGAUAAGUCACUUCAGGGCCCAACUCACUAGACUUUACCAAUUGGAUGCUCGAAAAUUUGUGAUUGGAAAUGUUGGUCCCCUAGGCUGCAUCCCUUACCAGAAGACUAUAAAUCAACUAAAUCCAGACGAGUGUGUGGAGCUGCCCAAUAAGCUGGCUCUUCAGUACAAUGGCCGGUUGAAGGACUUGCUUGCUGAGCUAAAUGACAACCUCCCAGGGUCAACAUUUGUUUAUGCAAAUGUCUAUGAUCUGGUGAAGGAGCUCAUCACAAAUUAUGCCAAAUAUGGAUUUAAAACAGCAAGUAAAGCUUGCUGUGGAAAUGGGGGCCAAUACGCAGGUAUAGUUCCAUGUGGUCCAACGUCUAGUUUGUGCUCGGAUCGCUCCAUGCAUGUUUUCUGGGAUCCCUACCAUCCCAGUGAGGCUGCCAAUCUUCUACUCGCCAAAAAAUUGAUUGAUGGAGACACCAGAUUCAUUUCUCCAAUGAAUCUCAGACAACUUCGCGACCAUUAA